CAUAAUCAACGUUUAAGCUUCGAAAGGGAAUUAAAACCAAACUUCGCCUUCUCCCACACCGUCUAAGGGAAAAAACACCUCAACGUCAGUUUCAUCUCUCCGCCGCAGCGUCACCUCCGAUCGAGCUCCGUCCGGCCAAUUUCCGAUCUAGCAAAAGAUGAAGAGUCAAUUUCAGAGCCCGAAGCUAAUCCAUAUCCAUCUCACCUUCUUCAACGUCGUCCCUUACAUCCUCCUCUUCACCGUCGGAAUCAGCGCCGGAGUUUUCCUCACUUUCUACCUCUCCAAUUUCUCCAUCAGCUUAAACCUCACCCAGAUUCCCUCUUCGGAUUUUUUCCCGGUAACCGGCGGUCGAGUGGGUUUGGAAGAGUUUUUGAAGCCGCCGGAAGUAAUGCACGACAUGGAUGACGAGGAGCUUCUCUGGAGGGCUUCAAUGACGGCCGGAAUUAAGAAAUUUCCUUUCCAGCGGGUUCCGAAGAUCGCGUUCAUGUUUUUAACGAAAGGGCCGGUGUAUUUAGCUCCACUUUGGGAAGAAUUCUUUAAAGGAAAUGAAAGACUUUACUCUGUUUAUGUUCAUUCUGAUCCUUCUUAUAAUCAUUCUUCUCCUGAGUCCCCUGUUUUCCAUGGCCGGAGAAUCCCCAGCAAGAAAGUUGGAUGGGGAAAAGUAAACAUGAUCGAAGCAGAGCGACGGCUAAUUUCAAACGCACUUCUUGAUAUUUCAAACGAGCGAUUUGUUCUUCUCUCCGAAUCAUGUAUUCCUCUGUUUAACUUCUCCACAGUCUACUCUUUUCUCAUCAAUUCCACCAUGAAAAGCUUCAUCAUGAGUUACGACGAACCCGGCAACGUCGGCCGUGGUCGAUACCGGAACAAAAUGUUCCCACCCAUUUCUCUAAAACAAUGGCGGAAAGGCUCGCAGUGGUUCGAGAUGGACCGAGACACCGCCGUCGCUGUAGUCUCCGAUAAGAAGUACUUCCCUGUUUUUCAGAAUUACUGUAAAGGCCAAUGUUAUUCCGACGAACAUUAUUUGCCAACUUUGGUUAACGUUUUGGGGUGGGAUCGGAAUGCUAAUCGGAGUUUGACUUGGGUUGACUGGUCAAAGGGCGGGCCACAUCCGGCGAGAUUCUCGCGGUCGGAUAUACACGUGGAGCUAAUUCAGAGAUUGAGGAAUCAAACCGGAGAGUGUAGGAAAAGUAAAAUGGAAGGGACAGGUGUCUGCUUCUUAUUCGCUAGAAAGUUUGCUCCAAAUACUUUGGAAAGGCUUAUGAAAAUUGCACCAAAGGCCAUGUACUUUGGGAGAUAGAUAGAUUAGAGAAUUUGAGAUUUUUUUGUUUAUUUAUUUAUUUAUAAUUAUGGUAUAUAUGUAUGUAUGUAUAUUUAUUAUCAAUAUAAACAAUUUUGAUUUUUUUUUAAA